CAACUUGUCUUCCAAGCCGCGCCGGCCUUGGUCGAUUCCCCCCUCGCGCGCCGGCGGAUACGACGGCCUACUCGCCGAUCGACACGCGAUGAGCUACGGCACCGUCGACCACCACCGGAACCCAUGCCCUGACCGCAUCCUGGAAGAUGUCGGCAUAGGCUUCGGGAUGGGCGCCAUAGGCGGCUCCGCGUACCACUUCGUCAGGGGCCUCUACAACUCCCCCGGCGGCCACCGGCUCGCGGGCGGCGCCACGGCGAUCCGCAUGAAUGCCCCGCGCGUGGGGGGAAGCUUCGCCGUCUGGGGCGGCCUCUUCAACACCUUCGACUGCGCCAUGGUCUGCGCGCGCGGGAAGGAGGACCCGUGGAACUCCAUCGCCGCCGGCGCCUGCACGGGAGGCCUGCUCGCGCUGCGCCGGGGCCUCCGAGCCUCCGCGAGGUCCGCGGCAGGCGGCGCCGCGUUGCUCGCGCUCAUCGAGGGCGCCGGCAUCAUGUUGAACCGCCCGUUGGCCCUUCAGCCGCCGCAGCCUGAGUACUUGCCGCCGCCGGAAAUCCCUGUUGAUGGCCUGCCGCCGGUCGCGGAUCAGGAGCUCCCGGGCCCUGCUGGGUUCUUUGGCGGUCUGUUUGGGAGGAAGCAGCACGACCACAAGGUUGCUGUCAAGUCGGAGCUGCUGGAGUUAGAUUUACCCAGCGAUGCCGUUCCCUCCUUCGAGUAAGAGUGCAAAAAGGUCAGAUCGUUCAGUGCUUGCGAGGGGCACCAUCAGAAGCAUGAAAUGACUUGUUAUGACAGUAGUCUGUAGAAUAAGAUCAAGUUUAUGCUGAGUUCCGAGACACAUUUUUGUCUGAGCAAUUAACUAAAGGUUUCGACCCCGGGUCUCUAUUUAACUGCAACUUGAUGUGUUUUUAUUACAAAUAUAGUUAUGUGAAAGUGGUUCAAU